AUGGCAGCCAGUGGAUCCAACGUGGAGCUGCUCCUGGAAGCUCAAGUAAAGGCUUUGAUAAAAAGCAGGCUGUCCCAAAGUAGCUUCCUCAUGGAGUUCAGUCUGUCCUUCUUACAUGACAAUAUCAUUGGGAGUUAUGGCCUGGCUUUUGAAACCCAAGAGCUUUAUGUCUGCUCAGGAGCCCUCACCGAUUGGGGAUCUACUGUCGCCGAUUCCGACAUCAAUACAAGAGGGAAAGCUAAAGAUGUGUUGAUGUACAUGGACGAGAUUUUGAAAUCUGAAAUUCCGCACAAGGCUAGGAGAAAGGAGCAAGCUGAACCAGGCAGGAAACCAAGGGUGGAAACACCUCUCUCAAUCUACACCAGGAUGAACAGAGUCCCACCCAGAGCAUGGUGUAAUAACAUAAUGGCCGCUACAAUCAUGGAUGUCACUAAGGAGACAGCAAAGGAUCUUCUGAAGCUGGUGGGAGAGACAUCUCAGACCAUGACGAGGAUGUCUGUAAUGGAUCACUUGGACCCAAUUAAAGAACUGGGCAAAGGUUCUUAUGGGAAGGUUCUCCUUGCCAAUCACAGGCGUUCAGGACAGCUGGUGGCCUUGAAAAUGCUGGUGAAGGAGAAGACUUUAGCAGAUAAUUUCCUCUUGGAAUAUAGUAUCUGCGUCUACCUUGGGAUUCAUCCCCAUAUCGUUACCACCUUUAGAAUGGCCUUCGAAACACCAAGCAACUAUGUGUUUGUUCAGGAGGUUGCACCAGCUGGGACACUACAUUCCAUCAUAACACCAAAAGGUGAGGUUGGUUUACAAGAGGACAUUGUGAAGCGCUGCAUUCUUCAGCUGACGAGUGCCUUGGAGUUCAUCCACUACAAGGGACUGGUCCAUCGGGACAUCAAGCUGAAUAAUAUUCUGCUCAUGGACCAUGAAUGCCAUUGCAUCAAACUUGCAGACUUUGGACUCACCCGACUCCAGGGAACCUAUGUACCAGGAAUGUCCUGGAUCAUUCCCUACAUGGCUCCUGAACUCUGCCUUGUUGCAGACAGUGAGCCGAUAUUAUUGCACCCUAGCCUUGAUGUUUGGGCAUUUGGAGUCCUGGUGUAUGUGAUGCUCACUGGCUGUUUCCCAUGGAAGGAGGCUUUACCAAGGGACCAACAAUAUUUGCAGUUUGUUCACUGGCAGGUAUUUAAAGACACUGUGCCAAUACCAGCCGAGUGGAGGUUGGUUACCACUGAAUCCCAGCAUUUCUUCAGACUAAUGUUGGCCAUUGAUGCUACUGACAGAUGUUCUGUAUCACACAUUGUGGAAUAUAUUCACUGGCCAUGGAAAGCCGAUAUCCCCCAUAAGGACAUUACAUGA